AUGUUGUUGAACUUCGCGUUACUGUUCAAUGUCGCCGGGGCCUUGAGCGCAGCGAGUCAGCCACGCCUAUUUUCACUCCCGUCAAGCACCGACUCAGGCCGCGCCGCCGAGGUUGAAAAGACACGACAGGGUUUCCAGUACGGAACGGAUGAUACCCUCAUCCGUGUGAACCCAUGGCCCGCGGGACCGCUUGGAAAAAAUGCCAUCAAGGCCCAGUACAGCGCUUUUGAGAAAUCUGAGGCAUCUAUCUACAAGCAUGUUGACGAGGAUACUGCUCAGGCCCAGGCAUCCCUCAACGGGCAGAAGAGCGUUCCAGAUGGACUCGCCGCAGGAGUCCUUCGGAAUGCCAAGUCAGAUCUGUCCUUCUCCAUGGAGCGCCUUUCUGUCCAUCCCGAAAGCCUACGACGAGUCAAACCAGACGAACGCGUGGCACUACGUGUCGACGACAAGAUUGCGCGAAAGAUCACGACAAAGACACAGCGAUCUCUCCAGAAAGAAGGCCGCCUAUUCAUCGUGGACCAUAGCACCCUGGCGAAUCUGACUUUGACAAAAGGUCGCUACGCUGGUGCUUGUGAGGCGCUGUUCUUCAUUCAUCCUGUUUCGCAGGACUUCUUGCCACUGGCCAUUCGUCCCAACAACGGUUCGCCUUUGGUCUAUACUCCUCUAGAUGAAGAGAAUGACUGGACGCUGGCCAAGAUACUGCUCAACAUGAACGAUGUCUGGCAUAAUCAGUGGUAUCACCUCUCCGCAGUUCACGUCACUUCCGACCUCGUCUACAUGUCGGCCACCCGAUCAUUCAGUGACAUGCACCCAGUCUGGGGUCUGAUGCGUCGCGUGGCCGUUAACUCUUUCGCAUACCGCGUGGGAGCUAGCGAGACUCUAGUCAACCCCGGAGGCGAGAUUGAGAAGAACUUUGCUUGGAAUGGUGACCAGGCUAUCGACUACAGUAAGCAGCUUUGGAAAUCAGAGUCCGCUCCCUGGCAGGCGAAUUAUCUGGAGACGAAGCUCACCAGGCGGGGUUUGAUAAACUGCGAUUAUGGUCCUAAGUUGAAGUCAUUUCCCUACUACGAGGAUGCUUCAGUCAUCUUCGGUGCCUUACGAACAUUUAUCACCGCGUAUGUUGACGCAUACUACUCGUCGGACGACGCGAUCACCGCGGACAAGGAGCUCGUCGCAUGGUUUCAUGAAGCAGCCCGCGCCGCCGAUAUCGUCGACUUCCCAGCUUCUAUCUCAAGCAAACGCGGACUCGUGGACGUGCUGUCGCAUCACGCCUAUCUCAUCUCAAUUCUUCACGGCUCAUUGAACAGCAAUAGCCUUGUACACUACAGUGCCGUUCUGCCAAUGCACCCAUUCUCUCUUUACCGACCGCUGCCAAAGGAAAAGGGCGUCUCCAGCCUCGUACCAUUUCUCCCUGACUUGGAAGCCUCGAUACAGCAGAUCGCGCUUGUAGCUUCGUUCAACCAAGCACCUAUUGCUGAUACUUCCGAUUCGCUGCGUUUCCUUUUUAACGACACCGAGUUCCACUCCCACAUCAACAACAAGGCACGUAUAGCUGCCAAAGUGUAUUCAGCUACUCUAUCGAAGUUCAGCACAGAGGUCAAGGGGAGAAAGCUUGGUCCUGAUGGAUGUAGCCAAGGAAUGCCAUUUGUGUGGAAUGUCUUUGAUCCCAGUACGGCGCCUGGAAUCAUGGCGGCCUAG